CUCCAAGUUGCCAGAAGAAGAAAACUUGGUCUAUCUGUAGCUUCACGCCGUUGGGCCGCAUGACGUGUGGUUGUUAUCUUUUUAGUUACAAUAUUUGGAUGAACAAGGAAAAUGCCCAAGAAAGCUAAAGAAGAAGCAGAGUGGGUGGACGACGAAGUCACUCCGGCUCCAACAGCAGAAAAAACUGUGAAAAAGGGGAAAAAAGAUAAAAAAGGCAAAAAGAGCUUUUUUGAGGAACUGCAGACCGACAUCAAACUUGAGGAGGUCGAUGAGGUGACCGUGUCAGAUCCUAAACAGUCUCAUAAAAAGAAGAAAGAGCGGCGGAAAGGAAAGGGUGGUGAUGCAGCUAAGGACAGCCAUGAAGAUGUCACGCUGAAACUAAAACAUCUCUCAGUACAAGCCAGUGAUGAUGAUGAUAAUGAUGAUGAGCCUGUCGUCGCCCCAAAGAAAGGGAAACAGAAGAACAAGGGUGGAAACAUAUUUGCAGCUCUCAGCCAGGGAAUGAGUGAUCAGGAUGAGAACUCUGAUUUGGACGAGGAAGACAAAUGUGAGAAAAAGUCCAGAGUGAAUGAUGAGGAUGAGAAGCCCAAGAAGACCAAUAAAGCGAAAGAAAUUAAACGCUCAGUGCAGAGUGAAGAUGAAGACGAGAAGGAUGACAGUGAUGGAGGUGACAUGAUGAUGAGUGCGGAGGAUGCCAUCGCAGAGCAGGCUAAGCAGAAUCAGGAUGGCGACGACCCAUUCUCAAACCUCAGCAAAAAGGAGAAGAAAAAGAAGAAGAAAAAGAUGGAAUUUGAGCGUCAGGUGGCCAACCUCCGUGCCCAGAGCGCCUUAGAGGGAGAUUUCUCCAUUUCCCAGGCAGAAAUGUCCUCCAGACAAGCCAUGCUGGAGAAUGCCUCGGAUAUCAAGCUGGAGAAAUUCAGUAUUUCCGCUCACGGCAAGGAGCUUUUUGUCAACGCUGACCUCCUUGUUGUGGCAGGAAGAAGAUAUGGUUUGGUGGGGCCAAAUGGCAAAGGAAAGACCACAUUACUGAAGCACAUUGCCAACAGAGCUCUGAGCAUUCCCCCGAACAUUGAUGUGCUGCUGUGUGAGCAGGAGGUGGUGGCUGAUGACACGCCGGCUGUGCAGGCGGUGCUCAAGGCAGACACAAAGCGCCUGAAACUCCUGCAGGAGGAAAAGCAGCUUCAGGCUCUUCUGGAGAAGGGCGAAGACAGUGUGUCAGACAGACUGGAAAAGGUCUAUGAGGAGCUGAGAGCAAUUGGAGCUGCAUCAGCUGAAGCCAAGGCACGGAGAAUAUUGGCUGGGUUGUCAUUUACUCCUGAGAUGCAGAACAGACCCACCAAAAGGUUCUCAGGAGGUUGGAGAAUGAGAGUCUCACUUGCCAGAGCUCUGUUCAUGGAACCCACCUUGCUGAUGCUGGAUGAACCCACCAACCAUCUGGACCUGAACGCUGUCAUCUGGCUCAACAACUAUCUUCAAGGGUGGAAAAAGACUCUUCUCAUAGUUUCCCAUGACCAAAGCUUCCUGGAUGACGUUUGUACUGACAUCAUGCAUUUAGACAACCAGAAACUCUACUAUUACAGAGGAAACUAUUUGACCUUCAAGAAAAUGUAUGUCCAGAAGCAAAAAGAACUCCAGAAACAGUAUGACAAGCAGGAGAAGAAACUUAAGGACCUCAAGGCUGGUGGCAAAUCUACCAAACAGGCUGAGAAGCAAACAAAAGAGGUUCUGACGAGAAAACAACAAAAAGGCAAGAAGAAGGGAGGUCAGGAAGAGGAGAGCCUGGAGGCCCCAGAGUUGCUCAAGAGGCCCAAGGAGUACACUGUCAAGUUCACCUUCCCCAACCCUCCGCCUCUUUCCCCACCAAUUCUUGGCCUUCACAGUGUUGAUUUCAGCUACGACAGUCAGAAGCAUCUCUUCAAGAAUGUAGACUUUGGAAUUGACAUGGAAUCAAGAAUUUGUAUAGUCGGACCAAAUGGUGUUGGGAAGAGUACUCUACUGUUACUGCUUACUGGUAAACUAACUCCUACUAAAGGUGAGAUGAGGAAGAAUCACCGUUUGAAAGUGGGCUUCUUCAACCAACAAUAUGCAGAUCAGUUGAACAUGGAGGAGAAUCCCACUGAGUACCUAAUGAGAAACUUUAACCUUCCCUACCAAGAUAGCAGGAAGUGUCUGGGACGCUUUGGUCUGGAGAGCCACGCACACACCAUUCAGAUCUCCAAACUCUCCGGUGGUCAAAAAGCUAGAGUGGUGUUUGCUGAACUUUCCUGCCGCCAGCCAGAUGUACUGAUUCUGGAUGAACCCACCAACAAUCUGGACAUUGAAUCCAUCGAUGCUUUAUCAGAGGCCAUCAAUGAAUACAAAGGAGCUGUGAUCAUUGUUAGCCACGACGCCCGUCUCAUUACUGAGACUCAGUGCACACUGUGGGUGGUGGAAGACUACAGCAUCAAUAACAUCGACGGAGACUUUGACGACUAUAAGAAAGAAGUGUUGGACUCCCUGGGAGAGACCAUGGUCAAUAAAGUUAAUCCGUGAUACCUCAGGACAGUCGUGGGAGAAACAUGCCCCCACCCCCCUUAUAAAAGGCUACAUAACCCCUCUGGAAUGCUCACCAUGUCUCAACGACAUUUUUUCUGGGGUGCUAACCCUGCCAUUUAUUACUAUAAAUAUAGUAGAUAAUUGUAUUAAAUCAUGCCUUGUUGGUUCAGGUAAAAAAAAGAACUACAGAAUAAAUCAUUUUUCCACCUUG